AUUUUAAUUGUACGGGUAUAAUUCUUGUAAGAUUCCAGCCAGUCGCGCAAAAGCAAUAACGAUUGUGCUACCUUGCCUAAUGCUUCAGUGCGUACGUGACUGCUAGUUCAGAGGCCAUGUUUGAAGUUUAUUACAUGUGUUUUGUAUUUGCCACAGUCCGUAGUUAACGCCUCCCUCCGUGAGAGUAUAAUAGUGACGUAUAUAUUAGUUUAAAAUUCGAUUGUUUGUUUGCAAUGAACUUCCAUGUUUUGAGAGAUGAACAUAUUGUAUAAUGUUGUUAACGCCCCGGCUUGACAACAGUACUUAAAAUACAGUGUUGACAUAGCAGGGUUGGAGAAAGUGCGGCAGGCCGCAGCGCGGAGGCAGCCAUGUUCCGAGACGAGGUGGACCAGGUGACGGCCAUGUUCGAGGGCUGGAACGAGUGCGAGCAGACGGUGGCCCUCUACGCCCUGCUCAAGAGGCUGUCGCCCGUCAAGGCGCGCUUCCUGUCGCUGGCGCUGGACCAGAGCCUCAGCGGCUGCAUCAACCUGCACCAGCUGGAGCAGGAGGCCAACAACCCAGGGUACGUGAGCAGCUUGCUGGCGGAGGGCAAGGAGGAGGCCAUGAGGCAGCUGCUGGUGCACCUGCCCCUGCUGAAGCCGGGCAACCACGAGGCCCGCACGCGCUACCUUGCCGUCAUCCACAAGGUGCUGAGCCACUCGGCGGAGACGGGCGCCCACGUGAAGGAGGCACGCCAGCUGCUGUGCUACAGCCUCAUCCACCCGGCCAUCACCCUCGAGGACCGCAGCUCGCUGACGCACUGGAUGCACUCCCUGGAAGAGCGCAUCACGAGCGGCGCGGGCAGGGUCGUGGGGCACGCCAACGGGGACUCCCCCCACCACAGCCACUACUGGAGCAACCAGGCCUACCACUCUGCCAGUGCCGACUGCCACUUCUACCCUCACAACUGCAACUCUGCGCCGUCCAUCACCUCUCACCGCAACCUGGUGAACUACUCCAACGGCUCUCACCAGCGCACGCGUCGCAGCAACAGCCUCACUCCGCCGGUCAGCAUCACCCAGGUGUCCUCGGAGCUGUGGAGCUCGCAGGACGACCUGUCCGGGCGGCAGAAGCCUCGCAGCUUCUCCCUGUCGUCGGAACCCGGUCCGCCCCUGUCCCCGCAGAGCUCCCUGGCCUCGUCGGGGAGCGGGUCCGAGUCCCACCUGGACGACCUGCGCUUGGGCCUGCCCUCGGAGUCCUCCGGCACGCGCGACGAGUGGCUCAAAGAUGUGGGGACGUGGCUCAAGUCUCUGCGCCUGCACAAGUACAACUGGCUGUUCGCGAAGCUCAGCUACGAGGACAUGCUGGGGCUGACUGAGGAGAAGUUGUCCCGCCACAACAUCACCGAGGGCGCCUGCCGCAAGAUUGCGCUCAGCGUGUCCAAGCUGCGCAACCGCUCCAAAACCUUGGCCACGCUCGAGAAGGACGUGAUGGGCGGCGGGGACCUGCGCGGGGCGCUAGAGGAGCUGCGAGCCAUCCUGCUGUCCCCGCUGAAGGCACGCAGUGAGGAGGCACCACAGGAGAGAGAAGAGACUGAGAAGGAGAGACGCGGGAGCAGCGAGGACCUGCUGUCGGACGAGGACAUCCCGGCCCAGUUCUGCCGGGUCAUGGGCCGAGUGUGCACGCAGCUGCUGGUGAGCAGCCGCGCGGAUGAGGAGAGCGCGCGGCUGUUCGCGGGGCUGCUGGAGCGAGCGGCGCAGCAUGAGGCGUUCGGCGCGCCGCAGAAGAGGAGGCUGCUGACGUGGCGCGCGCAGGUGCAGGACGCGUGGCAGUGCUUCCUGCCGGCGGCGCACAAGGGCGCGGAGCACCGCCAGCCCCGCCACAAGUGGCACCACCACAGCGGGCAGUUCGCCCUGACAACGAAUCACAACGGCUUCUCUCACGGGCACCUGGCGGGGCGCGGGCAGCGGUUCGUGUCGUCGCCACAGCCGAUCCAGGGGCAGCAGCGCGGCAAGGGGGGCUUCGGCCUGUACUGUGGGCCGCCGCAGGUGCACCGCAACAGCCUGACCAUGCUGGGGGCGACGGCCGGGGCGGGGGCCGCCUUCCUGGCCAAGAGACCCAGCCUGCAGGACCCGCUGCCUGAGCCGGGGCCGCCCUACAGCAUCCUGCAGAGAGCGGUGUCUGCGCCCCUGAAGCCCAACCCUCCCGGCUCGGGCCUGGGCUUCGGGGCGGACCUCGGCCAGGGCUCGGCCGACCCCGAGCUCAACUCCCGCCUCGAGUCGCUGUGCCUCAGCAUGACCGAGCACGCGCUGGGCGGCCCGGGUGAGCUCUGAGCCUCUGCCACCGACACAUUCUCAACAUCUUGCUCUCGUCAUUUUUCAACUCCGGUGUUUUUGUCUGGUACCGUGUAGCGUUCACAUUUUUUACUUGCAGUGGUUUUUUAAAAGUAUCGUAACUGUGUUGACUGUUUUUAAUUACGACAAUUUAAGGAUUCUCUGGCGGGCUCAGAUGAUAACUUUAUUCACUGGAAAAAAAUAAUAACCUGUUUUAUAAUAAUACAUGUGAUAUAAAUGUUUUUUGUUUGUAUGAUGUUGGUAGCAUUCAGGGAGAAAGCAUUAUUUCUGAUCAUGGGAAAAAAUUUUAUGUGUACAGUGUUUUUUAAUUACAAUUUUUAUUUUGGUUGCAUGUUGAAUGAAGUUAAGUUAUGUUUGUUAAAGUGCGAGAAAUUUUAAAGAAGGUAAUCAUGUUUGACGAUAAGGGCAGGUGAUUAUUUUGUAUUUGAUUGUUUUUUACGUUCAUAAUUACCGUGCGUGGUAAGCUGUGAACAGUUGAAAGGUUUUUGAAAUGUUAACAGUGAUUAAGAAUGAUUGUAUUAAUUAACUUGAACAACUUUGAACUAAAGUAUGUGCAUUCCUAGAGAUGCACAUUGGUGUUGCAUGUGUUGGUAUGUGCAUGCAAAGCAAGGCGGUGGUUUGACGCAUGCACGUUGAGUGCAGUUGUGUAGCUUGUAUAGACACAGUGCAUUGGUAGGGUGCAGGCAUUAGUUGUCGGCUUGUGGUAGUGUUAUGUGCAUGUCCUUGUAAUGCAUAGUGUGUAAGCUGUGUAUCAGUUGACCGUUCACAACCUGACAGUGUUGCUGAUGUAUUUAGUGUUUGAAGCGGCACUCGCGCAAGUGAAACAAAGCUGCUUCCUAGUGUCCUUUUAAUUAUGUAAGUUAUUAGUGUUUCCAAUCGAAAGUGAGUACAAAGUGUUGUGGAAAGAGUUUGUAUUUGAGGUGGGGAGGUAAGCAGUAGUACUUGUCGUUUGUAUUAAGACUUUAAAGUUUUAGUGUUCCUUUUACUUUUAAGGUGAUAAUUUAAUUUAAAAUAGGAUUUAAAAAAUUUUAGUUGAAAUUAAAUUGUUUUACUGGCAUUAUUUUCAAUAAUUUGUGAUAAGAAUAAGAAAGCAUACUGUUAACACUGGAAUAUUUUUUUACUAUUUUUUAUUUCGUAGUGCUGUUUGUUUUUCUAUAUUUGCUUGUUGCUUCCUGAUCAGCCUACAUUAGUAAAAAUUAUUUGUUUUCUAAUGAAAAUUGUAAUAUUUUUAAUUUACUUUUGACUAUACUUCGUAUGAAAAAUUUCAUUAAUUUAUACCUAUUAAAAAUAAUAAAAUAUCCAUACUGAGACUGUAAUACAUACUAGAAAAUUGAAGUUGAUACACAGUAUAUGUGAAUAGGUACUAAAGUUUCUCUAAUUUUGUUGGCGUAGUUGAACUCACCAUUCCCAUUAAUAAAAAUCGACAUAAAAAAUAUGAAGCUUCAAAAGCAGUGCUCUUCCGCUGUAGUGAUGUUGGUCCUGCUCUUUAGUUCCUUUUUUUUUUCUGUUUAAUUUAUCAGCUACUGAGAACCGUUAAUGUUUACCACCACAGUCUUGCAGCCUAACCUUUCCUGGUGAAAAUACAUUAAAAUAAACAUACGAUAAUGGAAAAAUUGUAAAAUGAUUGAUUAUAAUGAAAACCAUAAUAUUUUUAAUAUUUAAAUUUUUGGAAACUUUAAAAUUUUCAUGAUCUCUACAUAUUUUUAUAUUAGCUGAUCUAUAGUACCCAACCUAACUUUGUAGCAUUUUUUUUUUAGCAACAUAGUAAGUACUCAAAAAUAUUUAUAAUUAUGAACUUUUUAAACAUAUUUGGUUUAAAAAACUGUUCUAGUUUUCAAGUGCUUUUUUAAUUCCAUUAAAUGGAUGUACCAAAAUCCUGCACAUCAACUAUAACCUUAGGAAAAAAUCGAAACCAGCAGAAAGUUAACUCUGUAUUAUUUUUUCUUUGGUAUGUUUGUGAUGCACCUACGGAAAAGGGAAUGACUUAGUUGAUUACUUACCAUAAUCUUUCCAAUUCUAAAUAUUACCUUGAAUUUAUCCCUUGAAUCCGAAUAAAGGCGUCAAUAAUCAAAAAUAAAAUGUAUGAGAAAUGAAAAAUAAUAACCAUGGUGUAGAAACAUUCAACGCUUUAGAUGUUUGUUGCACUGAGUAAGCAGAAUCAAUACAUAUCAUAAUUUUAUUAUUUACCUAAUUACAUAUCAAAUAUCUCGGGGAAUGCUAAUAUGAUAAAUAUGUAGAAAAGAAUUUACUGCAGGUUUGAAUUUAUUGGAUUUCCUCCUAUUUUUUCUCUUUUUUUUCCUCUAAUCAAAAUCUUUAAAAUUUAGUGAUUUGGAUAUUUGACAGUUUAUUCCUAAUAUUUACAUGCUCCGGAUAUAAACAUUUUUGGUUUGAGUCUGACAUGUUCCUUGAAGUACUAAACAAACAUUCUCGGACCAUUGUAGGUGGUAACAAAUACAACCAUUUCAUAGAUAACUUUCGUGGAAAUAUAUAAUGUAGGCCUUGUCAACUACACAGUUGCUAGUAUUUGUUUUCUUGAAUUACCCUUUCUCAAAUAUUAAAAGAAAUACUAAAAUGAUCCUCCUAAAUUAUUAAAUCUUUUGAAUACUUAGGAUUAAAUUGCCUAUCUCUAAAUGCAUGUUAUUUCAAACAAAGCAAUAAUGAAUAUUGUUUGGUCAUUAAUGUUACAUCAACUAUGAAGAUGGCAACACCUGCUGAUUUACGUAAAAUAUUAAUAAAAUGAUUAAAAAUAUAUGUGAACAUAAAUGACAUGAUAAGAAGCUUUUAAUGAAAACAUUUCAAUAUUUGGCUGUGAAUAUGGUUAUGUAAAAUGUUCUGACACCCAGGAAAAAAAUUACCAACGUUUUAGAAAUAUUUUUUUUACAGUAAAAUUCAUAAAAUAUUGUAGGUAAGUUGCAAACAGCACGACAGCACCUGCUAGUCCAUUCUUACUGUGCCAACUAGCGAAGACGAUAUUGCAGUAAGAAGUGAGUUCAUAGCAUAGUUAACUGGAAAUAAAAUCAAUGAAGAAUUAAUCGAUAAUGAGGUUGAGAAGGCUGGCUAUUUCAUUUUGAAGUGGUCAGAUAGAAUAUGACCAGAAAAAUUUUACGUUUUAUCAAAUUUUGAAUCUUAAUAUUUUUUACUAGCACAUUAACUGAUAGAAACGAAGAGCAAACAUUUCUACAAGCUAAUGUAAGAUUAAAAAUUACUUGGUUUUAAGUGUUGCACAAGAAAUCCGAGACCUUUUUCCAUUCUUCAUCAGCACUCAUAAAUUAGUAUUUUUAUUAAAAAAAUUUUUUUAUCAAUGUCCUAUGUUGCACACCAUACAGAAGUAAAUUGUACCUGUUGCCCAUAUAAAAAUAAUACUUUAAAUAUAAAUUUGAAAGUUUAAGCAAAAAGUUUUUAUAAAGUCAAUUACAAUAGAUUCCCAAUCAUCUGGUGUAAUCAUUGGGAAGUGGUCCACGGAUAACUGAAAAACCCCAUUAAAGCAAAGUAAAGAAAAAAAUCUGUUUCAUCUCGAAUAUCUAGGCAAACACUAACAUUUGCCCUUUGAAGUAACACCUUAAUUCGUUCCCGUGAAACCUUGUGCUAAUCAUAAACAGCGCUAGUCGAACACAUUUUUUUUUUCCAUAAGAGAUUAUUUCAAUCAAAAUAAUUCAUUUUCUAAUUAGGUGAGUGUGCUUGCUGACUAACCAUUUUGAUCAAGACCCUACUCCUGUUACAAUUAAUUUACAGUUUGUCCAAAUUCAUUUGACAACAUUUAAAUAAAUGUUGAAUUACAUUUCGAAAUUAAUAAUACUAAAAUUAAAUUUAAAAAUUCAGCUUCACAUUCAAUAGCAGAUGCAUUAUUUUUUAGUUACAAAAUAAGUUUUUUUAUGUAGGAGGUAUAUUUCAAUUAUAAAAUUUUAUAAAGCAUAAACUUAAUGUUUUAUGUUAUUAGAAAAAUUAUUUAACCAGUUAACGUUGACGUCCCUCGGCUUCUGGUCCCUAUUUCCCCGUUUACUUAAAAUUCCUGUUGUGCCCGUUCUGCUCUCGUCGGUGAGGUGUGGGUCCAGGCCGACGUGGCCGGGACCGGGGAAUACGGGACCUGGAGGGAGAGUGAGGUGAGGAGGAAGAAUGGUAGGCGGUUCCACGGAUAACUCGAUGUUAACAGUUCCACGAGCCCCUUUUAUUGUAGUUUUGAGAGCCUGCCGCAGCCUGGCGGAUCCGUCGCGGAACGAGCGCCCUUCCCACGACGACCCGGACUCCCGGAAGACCGUCCCGUCCGUUAACACGUCCCGACACAAACUGGAAAUUCUCCCACGUAACAAUGUCCCCGCUUAGUCACUCCACAAAGAUGCGUGACACGUGCGCGGUCCGUUACGUAAAAAGUCUCGUAAUGACGGCGAAGGUUCGGCGGUUCGUAACUACGCUUACGCGUUCUAGGACGUUUGACUGGUGAUGUAACUCGUAACCCGUAAACUCAACAGGGUGAGCGACUCGGCGGAUGCAGCUCAGCUGCCGCGACAACCCGUGCAGUUACACUGUCGUCGGACCACGAGCGCAGAAGACGCGCCUUGCGAGCAGCGCGGAGCGGCGUGCACGUCUGUCCCUGAUCGAGCCCUGAGCAACACUGCCCUUCCCCGCCCGCCAGCGGGCCGAGGCCCGCGGGCCGCGGAGGAGGGGAGGAGAAAUCGGCCGGCGUGGGAGAGGCCCCCCCUCGCGACGCGCCUGGCUGCGAUUACAUACUAGCACUGCGAAACAUUUGAGAAAAUUACAAGAUUAUUUACACAACUUAGCGAGACGUUAAUCAAAAGUAAAUUUACAUAAGAAUUAAUAAAUUACGAUUACAUUAUUUUCACACUUAUUGAUGUUCGCGACCAUUUGAAAAAUACAUAAAGCAGAAUUAUUUGUAACACUAAAGAAGCUCACUGGUAUGCUAGGGCGCACGCGGGUGCGUCCCUGGCCGUCGCACUACACAGAUGGUGCACUGGGGGGACAGACUCCCUCAGGCCCACGUCGGUGGCCAGGUACGGCCUCUGCAUCUGGGAGGGUACGACGACUGUCGUCAACGUAAUACCAGACUCUUGUUUACUAAAUGUGUGUGUGCCAUGAUUUACCACUAGCACAUCCUAGUAGGUGCGAGGUAAACUAGCCCUGAAAACUUCUGGCAUUACUCUCAGUAGCUGCUGCUCACAUGCCUGGCAUACAGGAUGGCAGAAUAUAACCUUGACUUGCUGAACAAUCGGGGUGUUGUCCAAAAUAAUUAUACAGUAAAGGAAGCGAAUAGCUAUUGAGGAAAGAUCCAAAUAUUGUUUUUGAUUCGUUGCUUUACUAAUUCAUUGCUUUGUAUUUAACGCAAACACAGCUGUUGCUGCAAUUGUGCGUGCACAGAUAUAAAAGGUCAGAAAAUAUUUUUAUGUCGGUAAUUUAUGAAAUUGAAAUGUGGCACGGGUUACCCACAAACCGAAUAAUCAGCACCCGGAUAAUCGGGAGUGUACUGUAUUAAAAAUAUAUUUGAAUUUGUAAUUUUGUAAAUGCUAUUUAAAGAAUAUACUAUGGACAAUUAUUUUAAGUAAUUGUUACAUUUUCAAAAACAUUGUUUCUGCACAAAGAACAAAGAAGUACAUCUAUUUUUUUUCAGGCUGUUGAAUGAUUUGUUUGACAUUUAUAGUUUCUUCCUGUGUCUUAAUCUGUCCACCACAGCAUGUCUUGUUUGCUACUAUCAAACAAGACUAAUGAAAAAAUUUCUGCUUGUUGAUGUAAUUUAAUGCCUAAUAGUAGUAGUCCUAACAAGAACAUAAGAGGAUUCAUGAUUACUUUCAUUAUGUUUUUAUGGAUGUAAUUUUAUUUUAAAGAAUUAUUAUUUUUUUACUAAAUCUUUUAGGAAAACUUAUUUUGCAUACAUCAUAAAAAUGGAUUUGGUGAGUUUGCAUUACAAAUUUAGUAUACUUUGGUUAUGGCACACUUGUAUAGAGAGGAAAAUUAUUCUUUUGAAAUUAAACUUAAUUUUUUUUUUAUGGAACAAGACUUCAAAAACUACUAAUGAAAUUGAGGAUUCACGACACUUUAUUAAUUAAAAUUUUAAUAAAUCAUGAAAUUGUCUUUUAAUGUCUCUUCCAAUGAGUAGUAUCGGUGGAACUGAUAUAUUCCUGAAUAAAUUUUGCUACUACAUACUCCGGGACCAGCAUGCUUUGCACUGCUAGAACUAUCUCGUGUGCAGUUCUCUGUGUGGGCUGCCACCGACUAGACGUUGCGUCCUGAGCUGAGAGUGCCUGCAGGCUGUUAGAAGUAGCCAAUCAUAAUCACGGCUGGUCUCGUCCGGUCGCUAUCCCAACUGCGCUGCACGGGAGCUGGGACCAGAGAAACAGAGGGCCUUUCCCACUUUUCAACUGCCACCUUACCGAGACAAAAACUGCUGCUAUAUGUUUGGUUUAGUUUCAAAGAAUUCAUGAGUUGUCAACUCUUUGAGUGAAGGAAACCCUUUUGAAUGACGAGUCUAGCUGGGCUGCACUCAGUCGCUGAAAACCGCGAGUGUCCGUGGAGUGUGACGUUCAGUUCGGAGUCGUGUAGUCCGGGAGAACCUACCGCCAGACUGGCUCGCUAGGACCACUCUCACUGGGGAAGGGUCGGAACAGACAUGUGCUCUGCUCACUGCUCAGACCUCCAUCAUGACUCCAACCAUGCAGUCCAUGCCUCGAGUUCCCAGUGGGUUGAUGCUGCGGACGUACCAGUUUUGACAUGCAAGUGUGCUGUGAAUUGCUUGUGUGCUUUUAAAGAUUAACUGACAAAGCGGUACCAAAAAUUAAAUCACCGAGUCAUUGGACCAGCCAAGGUUUUUUUCGGUGUGAUUGCUCAUUUCAAAAUAUAAAUUCCAUAAUACUAAAAUGUUUUUUGACGUGUAGGAACUGACAGCUAAUCCUAUGAUAUGUAAUUCCCUUUCAGAUUAAGCAAACCUGUUUUAUUCCAACUUUUCCUGUCUUAUUUAUUGUCAGUUUUAUGAUUUUAUGUUAAAUGCAGUUAAACUUGUGUAGACUAAAAUUGACGGUGACAUACAAUAUCCGUCUUUAUUACUACUGCAGGUGAAAUUCUGGACCUAGCAGGGUAGGCGAGUUACUUCUUGCCGAGCUUGAAGCAGUUUUGUUUCACUUGCGUGAAACUGUGUAGCGUGUAGACAUCACUAGUGUGGGUCGGAGUGCUACUGUAGCAGCACAGUGUUAGGCCACAGUUGUGUAAUCAGUGAUUUUAGUUCCCUUCUUGAUGAUGUUUUGAUUGGUGACUCUUUCUCUAAUAUCUGUUUACUGCAUUAGUUUUAUAUCCUUAUAGUACUACAUCUCUUGUUUUCCAUUUCGGCUGUAACCGGCACUUUCUGUUGUGACACGCGUUUGAAAUAAACUGGUUCCCUACGGAAGUGGCCAUGCGGUCGAGCAAUAUGUUACGGAUGUACCGUAUGUUUCUUUAGUUUGAAUAUUCAGUAUCGUGUUUGUUUGUCAGCUUUAUCGAACCAGACUGUUGUUCCGUGUAAUGGUUAAAAAUGAAUGCCUUUCCUUGAAACAGUUGUGUGUACUGCCAAACUGGGUUUCUUGAAAUUGUCACCGACAUACUUUUUGCAAGACUGCUGAAUUGUGAGACCCGUUGCGCAGGUUCGACCUCAUCACUGCCGGUCCAGUGUGGGUUUGUUUUUAGCAAAGUCUUAACUAGUCAAGCGCAACACCUUUUGUAUUUAACAAGCAGUUCUGCUGGUGCAGUUUGGCUCGUGCAGCAGAAGUUCCAGCUGGUUUUACUAUCGGGGGAGUUUGUCAAAUAAGUGUAGGGGCAAUUUCGAAGCUGCUGUCGUAGCAUCUGCGCAUUAUUUUUGUUGGUGUUUUUUUGUACAAACGUGUAAUUUUGGAAGCAGCUUGGGGUAUUUGUGUUUUGAAUUAAAGACUGAUGUAAAAACAAGACGUUUCUCCCCCGAUAUGAGGCUUUAAUACAAAUAUUAUAGUGUGUGUUUUUAAUUUUUAUAGUUUGCUUGUUCCGUUGUGGUGUUAAUGAUGUGAAGUAGUGUUAAUAUAUAACUCCUUAAAUCACAUAUUUGCAAUUAUCAAAUUAAAGUAGUGCUUUUGUUCCUUGAAGGUGUGCAAGGCAUACUGGUUGGGAACUGCGUUUCAUAUCUUCUAUUUAUUUGAGCUAAAGCAGUAGAGGUGAGCAUUGCCAGUUCGUAGCUAGCAUGACUUCUCGCCGGUGUCGGCGGUUCAGGCCGCAGAAAGCAGUUCGCAUGUGGCUGUGUUUCGUUGUGCUAUUGUCAUGUUGCAUGCAGUCCUGACUGCCCGCCCGAUUGGUGGUCCCAACUGCAGAUGUGCGACUUCUAUGUUGCAUAAGUAUGAUAUUGUUAAAGAAGUGUUCAGAAAGUAAGAGUAAAAGUGUUUAAAUAUUUUUAACAGUACUAUCCUUUUUUGGAUUAAAAUAACUGUUUUGUUUUGGAAGCAAGUGGUGAUGUUUGCAAGGCACACUGUUCAUCAACAGUUGACAUGCUCUGUUCUGUUUGCUAGUUGUUGUCUUGGGUACGUAUUCUUACACUUGAUAGUGUCUGGGAUCUUUAACUUAAUUUAAUAUUGGCCUUCAAACUUGAUGUUUUAAAAUAUACUGUGCUACGGGUUACAUCAUACUAAAAAAAAAAAGCCACGUGAACUGUUUCAUAAGUGUGAAGUCAGCACAGUGAAUAUAAUCUUCAGCAUAGAGGCAGUUAUGUAUAUGUAUGUUCUUUUUAUGAUUUAAAAGAUAUUUUUUUAUAAUGAAUUUAAAUCUAAGUUUUACUGUUUUUUUUAAUACCUAUUCUCUCUCUCUCUCUUUUUUUAGCUUUAUAGUUGACACAUUAAAAUACAAAAAAGUGUGUACUUUUUACUAGUUAUUUUGCCAUCAUAGUUCUUGAUUUAAGGUUUUUAUUAUCAUUGUAAACCAUAGUUAUGAAUAUCAAAAUGUCCUUUUAAGUUAGUGAAGAAUUUCAAAACCUAAGGGGUCAUUCCAUACAUUUUUAAACUUACUAUUUGAACAUUUCUUUUAGUGUUUAUUCAGUAGAAUUAUAAAGCUUUUCAAAUUUUGUUCACUGUACGUGUAGAGUGUCCGAGCAGCGCAGGUAAUGGAUUCUGCAGGGUUUUUGCUCGGGUGAAGCCCAGGUCUUCCUGGAAGACUUGACUGUGCAUUGUGGGCCUCUAACACCUGCCAUCCACGGGAGGGUGGCAUCCAGCAGAACUGUAUUUUUGGAAGUCUCCAGUUUGACAUAUGCAGGCCAUUAGUUUAAACGUUUCCUUUUAGUUUGUAAAAUUCAAUAUUAUUUGCCUGCCAAAAUACUUGGAAUUUGCGUGAAUUUUUUUUUUAAACAUUAGAUUGUAUAGUACCAUAAAAAGUGGGGGCUUAAAUAUGUGUUGUUGUUUUUUUCGGUUGCUCUGGUGUAUAAUUUCUGGGUUUGCGCACUAUUCAAAUCGUUAACUACUGAGAUGGCUCCAUAAAAUGCAGUUUUGCCGAUGUGCACGCAUGCAGGUGACUGGUUUGGCUGAUAGGGCAGUGACCCUGCGAGCCCGGAUCUCUGGAGCUGUCUGAGGGCGCGGUUAGAGGCAAGAUUGUGGCACUUGGAGAUUAACUGGUCUUUACAAAUCACACCAUUAAAUUAAGUGAACUUGGACAAAAUCACAGAAAUAACAUUUGUCAUCACAAUUCAAAUUUUAUACGGACAUGUGAUGUAAUACAAAUGUCGGGUGUGAUUUUGUGUGCUGUGGUAAGCAUUGUUCUUUCAACUGGAAAUGACUAUUUUUCUUUACUCUGUUGUAUGCUAUUAACGGUUUUAGUAUUAUAUUGUGAUAACACUGCCAUAUAGGACUGAACUACACAAAUAUUAUACUGAAAUGUUUUUAAAACAAUAUAUAUAUAUGUAUAUAAUAUAUAUAAAAUAAAUAAUCUUGCCUCUAACCAUGGGUACUGCUUCAUCAGUGUAGUUUUUGCUCAUCUAUCUAUUUUGUUUUGUUGUAUACUUAUGCUAAAGUUGAGGAAUUUCCAAUUACGUGUAGCUACGAACAGAUGGUGUGUUUUUGUGGCACUGUUUUUAAGGAAAUUAGAAAAUUUUACUUAAGUUCUGUUGGAAAUAAAUUUUCUGGUUUUUAAUCAUAUAAUUUUAAAGUGCAAGUGUUUUUUUUGUUAGAAAUUGUUAAUGUUUAUCUAUAAACCUCUAAUAUGUUAUGUUGUGAUAUUUUUUAUGUCCCUGCACUCGGCUUCAGUUUGUGUUAUGCAAAGUAGUGGUUUGAUGUGCAGUUCAUCCCGUUUAGUGUUUGCGGACUCUUUACGCUGUAGCCUGUUCCUCUCCGCGGAGAGGGCAGCCGUAGACGUCUAACCUGAUAAUUAAUGUAAUUGUACAUGUGAUACAGUGCAGUCACUGUUUAACGUAAGACUGAACAAAAUUUCAUUGGUGUUAAAGAAAUAUAAUAAAUGUAGUAUUUAGAUGGAAAGUUUAUAUCUACAAACAGUAUAGUAGUUAUUCAUAUAAGGUUUCAGAAGUCUGUUACAUAUGGUGGUAAUAACAGCACAGAAUAGCCUGGCUAAAGACAGGAGCGUCAUGUCCGAGUGGAGAGGUUGCCUGGCGUGCUGGAUGUUGGAGCAGCUUUGCUCUGGAGCAAUCUGCUCAUCGCUCUUUGUACUUACUUGCUGUAGUUCUUGCUCGAAACCUUGGUGCAAUCCGCCAAACUGGAUCACGUGAGGAGUUGGCGAUGAUAUCGUCCAGAUAGUGGCUGAAAAAGACUUCAGUCAGCAUAGAUCUAUAAAAAGUAUUUUGUUUCAAACCAUUGGACAUGAACUGAGGAAGAACAGAAGCAGUGGUGAUUGGCUCUCGCAUAACCCGACAGUGUUAGCACAAAAUAUUCUUUCUUGUAUGGAAUGUGGUUACUGAUUAGUUGCAGUUUGUUGGAAUUGUUAGAAUUUGUCUAUGAAAGAUAAUGAAGUGGAACACAAAAUAAUGAUCAAAAAAAUUCAAUGUGGGAAAAUUUUGGCAAGUUAAACUUUAAUACUUUUUUAUUUUGUUUUUUUUUUCCUUGUGUUGUGGAGAAUUCAGAUUUUCAAACAGGCAUUACCAGGGUAUAAUUGAGUACAUUUUGCAUCUGUGGAGCAAGGCCAGGCAUUUGUCAGCAGAGACAUGGCUGAAUUUGCCAACCUUUCGUUGGUUGUGUAACGUAUGUAAUUUGAUGUUGAAUGGUACUGUUCAUACAAGAAAACCAGCUUUUGAGACUUUCAGAAUGGAUGCUUCGGUUCCUUUAGCCAGGAUAUUCAAUGUGGAACUAGUUUGUAAGGUUGGUUUGUGUUCUUGGAGCUAACUAGACAUACAUAAAAGUACAAAUGUAGUCAAGAGUUAACACUACUUCAGAAAUUGUUAGUGAAUGUUUAAUGAGGUAUCUGUGUGUCAGAUUGGCCGGCAGCUUCUCAUGUUCACAAACAUUAAAUAAAUUAUAACUUCACAGAUUUUUUUAGAAGUCACUAAAAUAAUAAAUACUCCCUAUUUGUUCUCAUUUUGCCGAGACAGCACAAAUGUCGGAGCAUCGGACCAAAACAUCCUUGUGUAAAAGUGAAUAAGACUAAGGCAGUUGUUUUUGUAACUUGUGUAAACAUAACUUCCCCCAAGGUGCUAUCUUCACAAGACAUCAAACAGUUGGAAUUUUGAGAAUUGUAAUUGUCACUCGGGUGCAAUUCAACGACGUGUGGGAUAUUGUUAGAGCUGUGCCGAUACAGAUCAGCAGAAGCCAAUUUUGCCGAUAUUUAGUUGAAUCUGCGUUUCUGCUGAUUCACAAUAAGUUUAUUAAUUUUCAGCUGAUAUUACUGAAAAACAAGUGUCUGCUAUAACCUAAAAAUCCACGUGUACCCAUUUCACUUUUCAUAGUACUACAUACUUUGAACGUUUGAACUUGCAUCAUUUUUUAGCUAUGUUUGCCAGUCAUACAUAUAACUUUAAACAUCCUUUGUUUUAAUAAAUUUCUUGAAAUUAAUACAGCGUAAAUAAAUAUAUCACCAUCACUGUAAAGGUAGGAACAAAAAUGGAUUUAUUUAGAUUAUGGCUGCCAUUACAAACAAAGGUAAAUACCAACUGCUUGAACAGCAAAUAAAUAUUUGUAAUAUCGUAAUGGAGACGAGUUGAAUUUAAAAAAAUAAUUCAAUAAUGUAAGGCUUUACAUAACGUUACAUAUUACCUUUCCGGUUUCCUGUGGAAAGUUACCACAUUAAAAGCAUUUGCGUGUGAAUUUUCGCUGUCGUACACUUUAAUUUGGUAUUAGAAUCGCCAUUCUUGAAUUGUAAACAUGUACAAACUCUCACAAUCUUGUACAUUUUAUAAAUUCUCUUUUAAACUUUAUAUUUUGUGAAUCAAUAUAUUUCAUAGUUACCUAUUAUUAAAUUAUCUUAUUUUAUAUAAUUUCGUAUUAAAUGAAAAUUUCAUGUUUCAUUAAGCAACCAACAGGUUGGUAACAAAAAAAUGAAACAAGCUGGAAAUACUUGUAAAAAAAAUUAUUUUCCGUUUAUAAAUGGAAAAUUGAGAAUGUUUGUUUUUAUGACUAUAGACAGAAAUUGUCUCUGCUUCAAAAUACCUGUGUGUACCUGCUACUAGUAUUACAUCUAAAAGACUUUUCAGCAAAUGUGUAGUUUUUGAAAAAUAAUUAUAUAAUAUAUAUACAUUAAUGACAAUCUAGGAAUUCAGUACUGUCGUAGUUUAGUUUGUUUUGUAUAGUGAGCUAAUGAAUGCUAUGUAAAUUGUGUUCAGUUGUUUAUUUGUAAAGUUUUUAAUGACCGCAAACUUUAGGCAAGCACUUACUUAUUUUUGUAUUAAUAUUACUGUUGGUUAAAAAGAAGAAAUCCCAUUCAGUUCAUCUUAGGUUAUCUUUCUUUUCAAUUAACUUAAAGCUUACUAUAACUAAAAUACAUGUCCAUUUGCAUUGCAUGCUUUUCUAAGAAUGAGACUUUUGGGUAAUUUAUUAAAUUUUUGAAAAUGCUUAAACCAAAAUGUUUUUUCCCACCGAAUCGGUUCGGAAUUGGUGAAUCGGCAACAGUUGAAUCGGCGUAUUGGCUUAUCGGCAAAGUUCUAAUAUUUGUAUGUAGUAAGAUAUAAUAUUUGAGCAAAAAGUGCUAGUGUGACGUGACAGGGCUUGUACUCUGGGACGCGUGGAUGAGAUGGGUAGAGUGGUGGUGACGUUAGUGACGGAACACAAGCACUUUGAUGCCGGGACUGGACUCGGGUGACGGGAGUUGAAGGGCAGAUGUUGUGACCACUUCACUGCCCUGAGUUCGGGUCUCCGACCGGGCGUGCAGCCAUUUCCACAGGUGUCUUUGAAGGUAGUGUCUUGACAGUUGAUUUGUUAUUCAUCCACAAGCGAGGCAAGAUUUCAGAUUCUCAUGGUUUGAUUUUAUACACUUAUUUAAAUCCCAUGAUUUCUCUACUGGCUAAGUAUUCAUAAUACUCACUAUUGUGUGUCCUUACAUUGAUCGAUAGCAUCUAUAUUGCAUUAGAACAAAGCAACAGUACAGAGAAGAAAUAACAUGUGGGAUAUGGUUAUGAUGUGAUAUGCUUUCGUCACUGGAAUGUUACAUUUUUAAUUCAUAGCUAGCCUCUUAAUGUAUGACCGAAACUAUUCAUUCACUUGAAUUUAUUUUCUUUUUUCCUUCCAACAUAAUAUUUGAGGUAAAAGUAAUUUCUGUAGAAUUUAAUCCAAAGAUUUGAGUAACCUGGCCUAGUGUGUGUCCCUCAGUGCCCCGUCGGUGGGCGUGGUGGGGUCAGUCAGUCCAUUAGUGAAACUGAGCGAUGCAGGGUCACAUUUGAACCGCAGUUCCACGUGUUGCAUAUCACCUUGUAAUACCAUUUACUACAAAAUCUUUACUCUUGGAGCAACAUAAGACACUCCAGGCUGUAACCUUUGUACCAAAGCAUGAUGUGUCCAGCACAAGAGAAGACAAGCUGUGAGCUGAGUAUUGCUUGCCUAGCUUCUGGUGUCGUGACCAGUUGAAAUGCAUGUCGGUGCAAUUGCCAUCGAGUAUCACUACCUGUAAACAGAAAUCUCUGCUCUAAGCAUGUGAAUCAGUUUUCAUUAACGAAUAAAACAGAUUUUUGUGGUCAGCCAUUCAGUGUGUUUAUAUUCUUUGAUAUACUUUAAAUAAUGUAGUACUUAUCUGUGUGAGAAGAAAAAAAAAAUCUAUAUUCACCAGUGGGUGGAUGAUGAAUUGUUUUUCAGAAAUUUUGAUUAAACAUCCAAGAAACACA